CGACGGUCUAGAACCUUCAAAUUUUCAAAAAAAAUGAUUUUAAAGAACGUUCAGUUCGAAAAAUUCAGGUAAAUCAGGUGAAAAAAACACUUUUUGCAACUCUGUGAUCAGGCCUUGUAGUAAUUUUACCAAUUUAAGGAAUUUUAAGGAAAUCUGAGGAAUUUUCGAGCUUUUUCUAAGGAAUUCGAAAAUUUGAUUGUGAGAGCACUGCUAAUAACAUCCUUCCCACUGAUCCCACACUAUUUAGAGUCAUUGAUUUCAGGUUGAAAAUAAACGUUGUGCAAGAUGCUUGGAAGCCAGAGCGUAGCUCAUUUUGGUGCAAAUAUAACUCGUGCUGUUCGAUCCUACUUCACUGGCGGAAUAACAGUAAGUUACAUCUCUAUUAACCGUGGUUAUAUCUAUGACUAUGUUGUGAUAUAAAGCCUUACGCAAGUCUGCCGCAAUUAGGCCCGCAAGAAGCAAACUUUAUUUGUAAACUACAACUUCCGAAACAAAACUUGUUGUUUAAAUAGUCUGUUUACUUCGAUUUAGUCACAGACUUUAACUAUGUCAGCAAUUAACAAAUUCUGCGCGCUUUGUCGUUUAUUGCGGGAAUAUUUAUGAGAUAAGUGUGAUUAGACCACCUUUCAAAACAAUGAACGUAUGAAUAAAUUACUUGCAAGGAAGCACUUUAGGGACAAUUUAGCUUGUCAGAUAUUUCCACACAAGUCUGUGUAGUCAAGUUAUCGUCAAGGGGGAAGUAUUUACCAGCAAAUAUGGACAAGAAUGCCGUAAGUGAACUCACUAAUUUACUGUCCGGAGUGCAGUAGUGAAUUCAGAACACCAAUAAUACUAUAAUAGUCAUAAAAUGUUACAGCUUUUGAUACUUUAUGAUACAGUUAUAUAACUGCAUUAGCUAUGCCUUAUGCAUAAUAGAUUUAUCGACAGAACUAUAUCAAAGGUCUUAGAAUAGCAGGCUUAACUAAUUUUCACUUUCUGCAUUCUAUAAACAUAUUGUCCCCUUUGCUUGUUCUUUAUACAUAUAGCUUUCUAAUUUUAAAAACUGCUUGUAGUUAAUUAGAACUCUUCAUGUGAUAGGUAAAUUGUUGCAUUUAUAUACUUCACUGAAAUGAUUUAGUCUAUAAAUAUAUGACAUACGUAGACUUGUGAAAACUGAUGUUUUGUUUGUUUACAUAUAAAUAUGAUAUCAAAACCUAGUGUUUGUGUGAAUUGAAAUUGAAUGAUGAAAUUUAUCUUGAACAAUUACAAUCUCAACUUAUAUACAUUGAGUACUUACUGUAGGUGAUAUUUAAGUGCAUGGAAGUAGCAUAUGGUUGGUUUGUUUCAUUUUCGAUACAUGGAAUACUUUCAUAAGCGGUUGGCAAGAGGUCGCCGUCAGAACUAGCCUCGAUCUUCAAAUUCCAAAUGACACCCACAACCAGCAAGGCUGGGUGAAGACUUGAAACAGGGUUGCAUCUAUAUUUUCUACUAAUUCAUUUGAGUUAUUUGAAAAUUUAAUAACUUCCUGAAUAAUCGAUAAACAUCCUGUUGAAUAUACACGGGAUUAAAAACGCCUAAAUGUACGUCACUGAUUCCUAGGUUGAGGGACAAUUGGAAAAACUCAAAUUAUCAAGAGAUGACCUCAUCAAAGAAAUGGAAUUGAUCACCGCCGAUAUGGAAAAUGGACUUUCAGGGGACGAAGAAACAAGACGGAAAUCUUCAGUGCCCAUGUUAAUCACGUUUGUUCGAAACACACCUACAGGUGCUGAGACUGGCGACUUCUUAGCACUUGACCUUGGCGGAACCAACUUUCGAGUUUUGUUAAUCCACAUUGAACCAGAUCAAAUUACGAUGGACAGUCGUGUUAUGCCCAUGAGCAAGGAACUGAUGACAAGUGACGCUGAGACAUUGUUUGAUUAUAUUGCAGAUUGUAUUAUUAGUUUUGUUAAAGAGAAAAAUGUACAAGAUAAAGUACUUCCUUUGGGAUUUACAUUUUCAUUCCCUGUUAAAAUGUUGAGUUUGACAUCUGGUAUCUUGAUAAAGUGGACCAAAGGGUUUACAGCAACUGGUGUUGAGAAUCAAGAUGUGGUUGUUCUUCUUAAAGAAGCACUUGAUCGCAAGAAGGUGAGUGGAGGAUAAUAUUAAGUUAAAAACAAUUGAAAUGAAUGCUGUAUUUUUUGUAUGAAAACUGAAACUAGAAUGGUAGAUGUGUUUCCAAGAUAUAGAGCUCAAUAUAAUAAAUUAACCUGAGUGGCACCCCCAUGACACCAACUUGCCCCCUCCUUUUCAUUUCAAAGAAGCAGGUAUGAACUAUACUAUGUAUUUUUAACAUUUUACAAACUUAUAUUAACUUCUAUAAGCACACUUAAACGAGCCUUGCAUUUAGAUCUAUUAAUCAGACAUAUAUACCACCCACUGUAACUAUUUUGUAUACAUGUAAUUUGCAAAUUAUAUGCAAUUCAGCCAUAGGCUGCAAUGUAAAAUUAUAUUGAACAAUAUCUAUCUAUUCAUCAUCCACAGGAAUACUCAAUUAACAUUGUUGGUUUGGUAAAUGAUACAACUGGCACGCUGAUGUCUUGUGGCUGGGAAGACCAGGACGUAACAAUUGGGUUAAUCCUUGGCACAGGCACGAAUGCUUGCUAUAUGGAAAGUCUGGAAAAUGUCGGGAAAUGGACAGGCCAGAUUGAUGAACCCAAACAAGUUAUAAUAAAUACAGAAUGGGGGGCUUUUGGAGAUAAUGGCUCCUUAGAUUGGGUCAGAUCUGAGUAUGAUAAGCAGGUUGAUGAGAAUUCGUUAAAUCCAGGACAGCAGAUGUAAGAAAAUGAGCAUUUUAUCCUGUCAUGUAUUAAUAUAGAAUUGUUAUAUGUACAAGUAACAACCAUCACAUUAUACUAAUGCAAUUGGAAUGCCAAAAGGAAUUAUCUGAAUCCAGUGAAUUUCUAAUGGAAAAAAGUUUCAAUACACCCUUCCGGAAAGUAUGUCAUUUGGCUAUAGAGCCUCGUUUUCGUAUAUGCGAGUCCAACCCUCUCACUUACGAAAACGAGGCUCUAUAAGACUAUAGCCAAAGUGACAUACUUUCCAGAAGGGUGUAUUGGAUCAAAGACCCAGAUUUCAGCUGGUAUUUAUACCAUUCUGAUGGAUUUUUUGUAAUUUGAACUUAGAUCCACAACAGUUGUAUAGUACGUCCUGGCAAAAUAUGCGUGUUGGAAAUUGUUUUAUGUUACUAUUAAAAAAAUUCUAACCUAGAUUUGAGAAAAUGAUUUCUGGUAUGUAUCUUGGCGAGAUCGUCCGCCUUGUCUGUGUUCAUUUGACAUCGAAAGGUUUAUUGUUUGGUGGUGUAUGUACAGAGAAGCUUGGGAAACGAGAGGAAUUUUUAACAAAGUUUGUCUCUGAUGUGGAAAGGUGAGAUUUCUUAUGAAUACAAUAAGAAUAAAUUAGAAAAGAAAUUAGAAUGAAUUGCAACACAAUUAGAACGAGCUAUAAAACACGUUUUUCACAUCGUAUUAUCUUGUUUCUUAAUUGAUCUGUGUGUUUUCUCUUUUCAGUGGAAAUCGUGAGCGAACAUUGAAAGUCUUAGAAGAUCUUGGUUACACGCAGCCUUCAGAUGGGGACAUUGAAGUACUGAAACAGAUUUGUCAAGUGAUGUCAGAAAGAGCUGCGUGUUUGGCUGCUGCUGGUCUUGCUGCUAUAGUGAAGGUUAAUAAAAUUUCUUUUCGGAAAACUUGAGCAUAAAUUGCUGUCUCUCAUCGCUAUAUGGGAUAUCCUCUCACGCAGGGGCGAAAACUUGAUAGUCGAACUCGCAAGCGCUACUCGCAGAAAUGUAUUAGGUGUUAGAUAAAAAUUUGAGCAAAUGCUUAAAAAGGCUAGGCGCGUGCGUUCAACUAUUAAAAAUAUUCGGACUAAUUAUUUAGUACAAACGUACACUGUACAGGUCGGUGGGAAAUUGUUAUUUUCACGCCGUGGUCACAGGAUUACUUUUCCAUCCUUGCUCAUACGACUGUUGGAAUACAACCAAGAAAUAGCUAUAAAUCAAGAAAUGUCGAGGCUAGCAGCAUUAUUUUAAAACUGUCUGUUUUUUUCAUAGAAAAUUGGAAGAUCUCAUUGCACGAUUGCUGUCGAUGGUUCUCUGUUUAAGAAACAUCCCAAGUUCAAAACGUACAUGGAGAGCACACUAGGAGAACUACUUCCAGGGAAACAUAUAAAACUGAUGCUCUCGGAAGAUGGUUCUGGUAAAGGUGCCGCACUUGUUGCUGCUGUUGCUUGUCAGAAACACAAUUGAAAGAAACUUUGUAUAAGUAAAAGUGUGACUUAAAAUAAGAACAGUCUGUGUCAGCGGUAUUCUUGGGUUUCACUACGGCAUUGUGCAGUGAAUCUGACGGGGGGUCGACCUCAAAUGUAUUGAUGCUUAUGCUAUACUGGGGUGAGAAAAUGAUACAAAAUUCCACGUUUUUGGCACCAAACACAAGGCUAAUAUAUAAAACGAACAAUCUACUCACUCUGAUAACUGUGUUUUGUUUUAGAGUUGACCCCCCGUCACUUUUGUGACGUCAUAUGAAACCCAAGAACAGCUAGUACAACUAGUAUCAAUACGAAAGCGUCGUAUUAAUAGGGAUGCAACUGCCUGAAAAAUUCACUUGUAUUUUUCAGGCACGGGGGGGGGGGGGGUUGUCACACCCCAAUAAUUGUGGGUAAUAUAUUUCAGGUAAAUGUGAGAUAAGUUUGAUACUAAAAUAUUUGAGAGAAUGAAAAAUAUAUUGUCCUGAACAUUUUUUAUAUUGAGAUAUUUCUGUUGCUCACCCCCUCCGGCCCUCAUUGCAUCCGUGGUUGCAUCCCUAUCAAUCCGAAGCUUUGACUUAUCGCAAUAAUUACACACAAGAUAAAUAUUGUUAGGCACGCUCACAAGCCAGGCUAUUUUACUUUGGUCUCUCCUCAGCGUGUUGCGUUGAAGCGGGAAAACUGAUGGCUUGCGAGGUUGCACGGGUUUAUAUAUAUAGUUGUCACUGUAUCGAAUGCAUUAAAAUACUCUCUAUGCUUAUUAGUUGACAUUCUUGGUCCUAAAAUUCAGGCUGUAGACACUUCCAGAAAUAUAUGCUCAAGUUUAAACGCAACUAUCUUGGAACGAGCGUUGCCCUGGGGACGAGGAUGCUAUCUUGGUCAAUAUCGCAUGAAAAUCCACACCGCACACGGCGUAUAUCAAAAUUUAAGUUAGACAUCACUGAACGCAAUGCACCUUAUUUAAAUGUAAUAGCUCUUUUCGGUUAUGAGUUAUACUAAAUCAAACAGGAGAACUUUUUUGCGCCACCAGUGUAGUUUUUCCUACCCCAUAUAUAGGCUAGAUUUGCAAUAAGUCAAACAAUGACACUCAUAUUUCGUAUAUACAGUAAUAAAUCUUUCAUAUGCAAGACAAAGGUCGCAUAACAACAAACCAGUUUGAACGCAAAAGCAUGCAUGGUCUACAUAGAAUUGCAAUUUUAACUUAAUCGUAAAUCGCAAUAUAUUUCAGCAUUUUCUUUUGCGUCAAAGUAAUUUCUGUUUUAAUUCUCCGAAACAAAGCAGUACGCUUAGUUUAAGUUCAGUAUAUGAUAUGGUUUGAAAGGAACUUGGCAGCGAUUUAGUUUCCACUGGCGGCUGGCAAAACUGACUGGCGCUCCGGCAGAUGAUGGUUAAAAAGCCAAAAACGUAGAUAAUUUUGGCGUAUGGCAUUCAGAGUCGUUAUACAGGGUGUAUAAAAAAAAACUGAACAGAUUUAAAAUUGCUCUCAAUUUCGCAAAACAGCUAUUUGUAUCUGUUUUUUUAUAUAUAUAGCUUCUUUGGGUACUUAUAAUGUAAAAUAAUGAAAAAAAUUUCUCGAACUCAAAUUUUGUGAACCAGGG